UAAUAUAACGAGUGAAGAAGCGGAAGUUUUGCUGAGUUGCCCAUUGAGCCUGGAAAAGGAGGUCUUUUUUACUAGGCGGAGGGCAGGAGAGAAGUAACCACAGUACUGGAAGGAAUGGAAAAGGUAGUGUGUGCGGUAGUGCUGGUGAACUCCUUCCUCCUCUGCAAUGGUCUCAUAGACUCCACGACCACAACCCUCAGGCCUGAUCCCACGGUACCCCAUACAACCAUAGCCACUUCUCCAAAAGCUGGAGGUCUCAUAGACUCCACGACCACAACCCUCAGGACUGAUCCCACGGUACCCGAUACAACCAUAGCCACUACUCCAAAAGCUGGAGGUCUCAUAGACUCCACGACCACAACCCUCAGGCCUGAUCCCACGGUACCCCAUACAACCAUAGCCACUUCUCCAAAAGCUGGAGGUCUCAUAGACUCCACGACCACAACCCUCAGGCCUGAUCCCACGGUACCCCAUACAACCAUAGCCACUUCUCCAAAAGCUGGAGGUCUCAUAGACUCCACGACCACAACCCUCAGGCCUGAUCCCACGGUACCCCAUACAACCAUAGCCACUUCUCCAAAAGCUGGAGGUCUCAUAGACUCCACGACCACAACCCUCAGGCCUGAUCCCACGGUACCCCAUACAACCAUAGCCACUUCUCCAAAAGCUGGAGGUCUCAUAGACUCCACGACCACAACCCUCAGGACUGAUCCCACGGUACCCGAUACAACCAUAGCCACUACUCCAAAAGCUGGAGGUCUCAUAGACUCCACGACCACAACCCUCAGGACUGAUCCCACGGUACCCCAUACAACCAUAGCCACUACUCCAAAAGCUGGAGGUCUCAUAGACUCCACGACCACAACCCUCAGGACUGAUCCCACGGUACCCCAUACAACCAUAGCCACUUCUCCAAAAGCUGGAGGUCUCAAAGAAUCCACGACCACAACCCUCAGGACUGAUCCCACGGUACCCCGUACAACCAUAGCCACUUCUCAGAAAGCUGGAGGUCUCAAAGAAUCCACGACCACAACCCUCAGGCCUGAUCCCAUGGUACCCCGUACAACCAUAGCCGCUUCUCCAAAAGCUGGAGAUCUCAAAGAACGCACAACUAGAUCACCCAAGAUUGAGACCAUGGCAUACAGUACAACCAUACCUGAUCUGGAAGAAUAUGAAGGUGCCCGUAGGAUUGGCCUGCCCCUCUAUCUCUUUAUCCUGAUCCCUGUAUUCUGUGUCGCUGUGGUCAUAUCUGUCAUCUUCACCAUCAUCUUUUGCAGAAGAAAAAACAGGUCAGGCCUCUAAUGUCACAUAGCGAGCAAGAGACAAGUUGAAGAAAGAAGUUGAAAGCAAGGUAAAAACAAGAAUCACUUUGCACUGAAGACCCCAGAAGAAGAUGGUUGAACUCCAUGUAAAUACAUUGCAUUGUAAUCCAUACCUUGUCUCAUUACAAGAGAUCCUGUUUUUGUG